GUUGUUGGGUGGAAAAAGCCUUCUUUUUUUGCGCAAGGGGGAAGGGGAAACAACUCAGAUCCAUCCUCAGGGCGCUGUCAUUUCCUUCCUGAGUGAUGAAACUUUGCCUUGAGCAAAAUUCAUCUUUUCGGCGAGGGUUCAGUGUCUCUGUGGUGGAGCCCUCGCUGACUCUGGAGGAAGAGCAGGAUGAGGCUGGAGUUUCUCCUCCUCGUGGCAGGAGCCGCGGCGGCACUGGGACUCUCCCCGCCACCUCUCGGGCUCGUCCUUCCGCAGGAUGAGGGUCCCCUAAAAAUCAGAUGCUUGGCCCCACGGAGCUACACUGGCAGCACCUUCGAGCUCUUCCCGGUGGGUGCCAGCGCUCCCGUGCAGAGUGUCGCUGCCGAGCCAGACCAGCACAUGGUGGAUUUCCCCCUGGACGAGGCCACGCCACCUUCCCGGUGCUACCGGUGUCGGUACCGGAGCUAUAACGGCAGCGCCUGGCAAGUGUCAGCGUUUAGUGUGGAGCUGGUGGUGAACGCCUCCGACGACAGCGGCUGCCACGCGCCCACCGCUGCUCCCACCGUGCCCGUCUCCACUGCUCUGCAGCAAGGUCGCUCCUGGCUUGUCCCGGUUGCCGUCAGCGCGGCCGUCCUGGUGCUGCUGCUGCUGGCGGCAGCGGCGGCGGCAGCUUGGCGAGUUGAGGCCAGGAGGCAGCGGGCAAAGAGGGAGCGGGUGUCCUGCUGGACUGAGACGCAGUUCCCCACCACCGAGCUUUCCUAUGACAACUGCGCCUAUGCCGCCAGCGUGAUCCCGCAGGCAGGAGCCGUCGGCGGCAGCAGCCCCGUCCUGGCGUCCCCACACAGAGAUUCCCGGGCCUCUCCCGCUGCCGCCCCCCAUUUCAGCACCUUCAGGUCCUUGGCGUGAGCCCUGGUGGUACCGGCUCUGCCGUCACGGCAUGGGGUACCCAGAUCCCGUUUGCCGGCGAGCAAGAGGAUUCCCAGGCAUAAAGUCAAGGCUGUGAGGUGCCAGCGCGAUGCCAGGCUGGGGGGGACGCGCUGCCGGUGAGCCCCUCGGCAUGGCAGCAGUGCCAAGGCGCCGCCGGCAGCUCGGUGCCGGUGCUGGCAAAUGCUCCUUGGCCUCCCCCUGGCAGGAGCCUGCGGGGACACGGCGGAGCCAGGCUGCGCUCCCCAAAUCCCGGUGUGUGUGCCGGAGCGUCUCCGCUGCCGGAGCUGGCUCUGGAGUCAAUAAAAGCCUUUUCCGCCUGGUGCCGGUGGCAGACACGGUGCCUCGUCCCGCCGUGUGGUGUUCCCGGUGCUCUGCCAUGUGCCAAGCGGAGCUUGGAGCGCGCUACCGGUCUCUGCCCGGUUUCUAGUGCGGUGCCAGUACCGGUUCCCAGCGCUGAUGGGAGUAACCUGCGCCGGUAUU